GAGCGUAUCAGUUCAGCUGCAAAGGAAGGUAGAGAGAGACCGUACACACCUUCAAAGAUUUCCUAUAAAUGUACCAUAUAUCAUAUCUUCGGAAAGAAAUGAAGUUGCAACUCUUACGUUCAUAUUUGGCAUUUGGAUAGUGAACGUCUCCUCUGAAUCCACGCGCCUGCCUCAUCUCACCAACCCUGGCUUGCCUUGCUUGACUCUAUCAUACCGCGACGCGAUCUUCAAGAUGGAUCAUGCAAAAUUGGAUCUCAACGAUAGAAGGAAAACACAACCACGACGUGCUGGAUUGACCAAGGAUUAUCCUCACAACCUCCUGCAAUCACUCCAUCGGCCAAAAAGAGAAGCACAACCCGCAAUGCCAACAGAAGCAGCAACGAAAACCCGUCCCAGUAAUGUUAAUAGCGUUCGAGAUUCUGGCAACGUUGGCGGCGCUCCAAAUUCAACAUCAUGCAAGCGAAAAAACAGGCGGUCGAAUAAGGAGAAUGAACCAGGGUCAUCGGAGUCCUCCGUCAUGAAGUCAAUUGAAGCUGGGAAUGGGGAUGUUGAUCGACCUCCAGAUGAUUCCGACGAGGAUGGAAAGUAUCUCAUUGACUCUUCUGAAGACGAAUCACCCUCAAGAAUUAGCGCAGAUAUGACGAAGACCGUUUUUGGAUCAAAAGGUCAAAAGCCAAUUCGAACCUCUACCACUUCUUCUCUCCCCGUUCCCCAAAAUUCAAGACAGCGACCAUCUGAAACAAAGUCAACUCAUGGCAACAAGCGGAAGAAUGAGAGCGACUCGGAACAUGCUCCAGAUGUGAAUAUUUUCGGAAACAUGCAGAGCAGCAACAAGAAGCUCAAGUCAUACACAAAGGAACACCCGGAUCAGACCAGAAGUUCAAAACCUGGUGUUAAGAAAUUGGUGUUGGUCAAGGAUACCAAACCAAAGAACAAGCCAAAUAAACCCUACAUGUAUGGGAAGAAGAAGAAUGCAGCGCCCGUCAAUCAAUUCAUAAACUACAAAAGUAGAUCUCCAAGUCUGGUCAGCGAUAAUGAAAAGCAAAAGCUCCAAGACUAUACAACUGAUAGUCCAACGAAAAAUAAAAGUCCAGCCAGAGGCUUUGUGCGUCCGGAUUUCAGUGAUGACGAUUUUUCAGAUUUGGAUUUGUUCAGCAAAUUAAAGAGUUCGAAAUCCGCACCCCCAUCAACGCAAUCCAGACCAUUUCAACGAUACGACGAUGAUGACAUAUUGGAUGGAGCGGAGGAAUUGGCUAAGAAGCUAAAUCCGGACACCAUUAUCGGCAUGGAAAAUCUCGAGAGGGAAGAUAGUUCAGAUGCCGACGAUUACACUGGAUCUCGUUGCCCAAUGUGUAAUGAACCUGUAGCUGCUGAAGAUUUGAAAGCUCUCGGAAAGAUGAAUACUAGGAAGCAAGAGAAAUUUUGUUUAUCUCAUCAACGAAAAACUGCUCGAUCAAAUUGGAAGUCCAAAGGAUACCCUGACAUCGAUUGGGAAACUCUAGAUUCUAGAAUUUCCAAUCACCAUACAUUUAUCAAGAAAAUAAUUGGAGGCGCAACUUGUCAUUAUCGAGAAGUGUUUGAUGAAAAGGUCAAAGCUGGAAAAGAUCGAAAUUUGAUGAAGAGUUCAACGAAUCUUAUACCUGGCUAUUAUGGUUCUCGAGGUCUACGUUUAAUUUCCGAAAAUAUCAUGGACGAGUUUACGCCAUUGUUAAAGUACAGAGCACCCCUCGACCGUCUGAUCGCAGCAAGAAGCGCAGCUGCAUUUGUUGACUCGGUUGUCGUUCCUGAAGUUACAGUUUUGUUGAUUAAGGAAGAUAUGAGUGUCUCUGACGAGGAAGCCAGGACAAUAUUGACAGAGAGCUCCGAGAUGGGAGAUUUGGUCAAUGAGGAAAUCAAGGAUGUUGUAACACUUAAACCGGAGGACAAGAAGUCCAUUGGCAACAGUUAUGAUGAGGAUGAUGAUAAUGCUUUUAACUUUUAGCUGCUAAAGUGUAGCUCGGUUUUUGGUUAUAAUUUCACCUGCAGAGCUUCCAGAAUUGUAUAACAGCUCAAGCCGAGCAUGUAUGCGUAUCCCUUGUGUUCCAUGAUGGGCCAAUCAUAUUGCUUUGGAGGGUUGGAGAUAAAUUGGGCUGGCGAUUUGGCUAUUGUAUAUGGGUUGGGGUUAUUGACGGGAUGAGGCAAGAUGAACAGAGGAAGAUGAGAAAAGAGUAUACCAUAGCAUUCAGCGUGUGCACUGUACACUACACAGAUACAUAGAUACCCAUUCAGCGUUUUUUUUUAAACAUUAUGUGUCCGCUGUUUCUAAGCAUUCAGACUACCUUUCACCAUCAGUGAUACCAAAAACAUAAGAAUCUUCUUCCACCCA